UGAGCACGUUCGCUUCUGUGGGCGAACUCCGGAAUGCAUUCUGUGUUUUGCUCGCGGCGGCGAUAGAUCAAUUCUUUUGUAUGAUUGUGCUCUACCUCCCGUGACGUGACGUGUCUCUCAAAACGCGUUUAUAAAAUUAUCGUGCAACAUAUGUCUUUAUGAGUGAAAACUCCUAAACUUUAGUGUGGUGGUCGGAACGCCCACAAUGGUUUGAAAUGGCCACUAAUGGUGCUCCGGAACAUUCGAGCGUGGGAUCUUUCUCCACCAACGAGGCGACCAAGAGCUUCAUCUAUCAUCCAACAUUAAAUGUUAUCCUGUUGAUAACCAAAGAUGCAAACAUCAGGGUUCUUGAUGUCCUUUCUUGUCAAACAUUGCACAUAGCAACACCACCUGUCAAAGGCCGGCCGCUGUUCGGCGCGUACCUGCCGGGCGUCGACAAACUCCUGCUCUGCGACGGCCAUGCGGUGGGCGUGCGCAAGGACCACAGCGGCAUCGUGCUGCUGGACUCGAUCCUGCAGACGCCGGUGGCGCGGCCCGACUGCGUGGUCAAGCUGGACAUCCCGCUCUCGGAGGCCGUGCCGCUGGCGCAGGCGCUCUCCAACACGGACAUGUCGGUGCUCAACGCCUCGGCCGAUGAAGACGACAUCGUUUACUCCGUGCUGGAGCAGCUGCACGCCAAGAUCGACGCCCACAACACCGACAGCAUGGCCGACAACCUGAAGGCGGCGAAGUGGAGCACGGUGUGUCUGGAGCUGCCGCUGGGCGUACUGCGCGUCGUGUUCUCUGCGCUGCUGGCCGAGCUGCUGCGCGUCGGCCGUCACAUCCCGGCCGUCUCGCACGCGGCCGCCGCCGUGGAGCGGCUCCACCUGACGCUGGCGCCGGGCGCCGACCCGACGGCGCCCGGCGCGCCCGGCGCCGCCGUGCCCGACCGGCGCCGCAUGUUCAGCGAGGCGGCGCGGCGCCAGACCUUCAGCCGGUGGCCGCACAUGCACUACAAGUGGGCGCUGCCCGAACAGAUGGCGCAGGCCGGCUUCUACCACCAGCCCAACCAGUCGGGCGACGACAUGGCCAUGUGCUUCACGUGCACGGCGUGUCUGGUCUGCUGGGAGCCCACCGACGAGCCGUGGUCGGAGCACGAGCGGCACUCGCCCUCCUGCCCGUUCGUCAAGGGGGAGCACACGGAGAACGUGACGCUGUCGGUGACGGAGAGCACGGAGCCGGCGCAGGCACACGGCGCCGAGCACGGCGAGGAGGCGACGCUGCUGGCGGCCUCCUCGUGCGCCCACCUGGCCGCCACGGGCACCCGGCGCGGCCAUCUGGUGGUCUGGAGCGCGGCCGCCACACUUACGCGGGAGCUGGCGUUCCGCAUCGACCCGUCCCACCCGCUGAUCCUGGGCCAGAGCCUCUACUGCGCCCAGUACAGCCUGGACGGCACGGGCGGCGUCGAGAUCCCGCUGGAGAACAUGGACGAGCUUCUGUCGGAGGCGGGCCCGGAGCCGGCCGAGGUGGCGGUGGGCGCGCUCUGCCUGCUGGCGCCGCCUGGCGAGCCGAGUCCCGGCGCGCCGCCACCGGCCCGGCCCUGUCUGGUGGCCGGCGUACGGCUGCGGAGGCGCCCCUCCUCGCACGAGCAGGCCAUGAACGUGGCCAACCAGAGCGUGUCGCCUGGCGCUAGCAAUCCACUUGACAUCAUGGAGAUCAACAACGAGAGCAUGGGGCUGACGGAGGACGAGCGCGUGCAGCCCUUCCUUCUCGUCUACGACAUAAAACAGCAGGUGGCGCCGUCCAGCGCCGCCCGGCCUGCCGACACCACCGUCUUCACCCAUUCGGGCAGCGGCCACACCAAGAAGAUGAGCGCGCCGCCGGCCGCCGCGCCUGCCGACGCCGCGCCGCCGGCCGCCGACAAGGACGCCGAGUUCUCCGACACGCUGAUGAAGUUCCUCAUGAACAAGGACGAGCUGGCGGCGUUGCCGACCGGGCCCGAGUCGCCGUCGGCGGCGCCGCCCCGCCAGUACGGGCCCGCCCAGCCGCGCCCCACCGCCAUCACAGUCAUACCGACCGAGGUGUGCGCCAGUCCGGAGGAGGAGCCGUCCGAGCGGCAGGAGGGCCAGCUGGCCGUGCUGCUGAGCAGCGGCGAGCUCCAGCUGCUGAGCGCCGUCACGCUAGAGACGCUAACCGUGCUGCUGCCCGCCGGCUCCGGCUGCUUCGCCUGCUGCUUCUGCAACAGUCUGGAAUGUCUGAUCGCGUGCACGGAGGCGGGCGAGCUGACCUUCCUGCCGCUGGGCCGGCAGCCGCCGCUGUCGGCCGCUGCGCUGGAGCGGGCGCACGAGCUGACGCGGCUGGAGACGCUGACGCCGCUCUUCUCGGCCGUGGUACCGCCCUGCUGGACCGAGAUCCAGCAGGCGCAGAAGCAGCGCCGCCACCCGCGCCACCUGCAGUCCGACAAGCACCACACCCGCACCUGGCGCCUGCUUAACGACGGGCCCGCCUGGAAGCAGCACGUGUUCGAGAUCACGCUGCCGCGCUCGGUGCCCGUGGCGCACGUGGACUUCCGGUUCGCGCUGCAGCCGCUCUGCACCUCGAUGCCGCCGGUGGAGGCGACGCUGGUGCGCUCCGGCGCGGCGGCGCCCGAGGCGGACCCGCCGCCAGUGCAUGCGCCGGACGAGUCGGAGGUGCUGUGCGGUCCGGUGGACCUGCGCUCCUGCCUGGACAUGUCGGGCCAGGGCGGCACGGCCACCUUCACCUCCAGCGAGCUGCUGCGCGCCCACCACCGCACCUUCAGCAUCAGGCUGACGUGUGCCCCGCAGGCCGGCCAGAGCAAGCCCGCGGCGUCCGACGACGACGGCGCGUCGGGUGCCUCAUUCCUGCCGGACCUGCAGAGCGCGGUGUUCAGCUCGGUGCCGCUGACGGUGGACAAGCUGGCGGCGGCCGGCGUCAAGGCUGACCACCUGACCGGCUGCGAGUGCUUCCAGGAGGUCAGCGUCACCAUCCGGCGCGUCAAGACCUCCUGCCUGCCCCACCAGAGACUGCAGCGCACGGCCAUGCUGGAGCAGAGCCGGUACCACGAGAGUCUGCUGGCGGCCGCCUGCCGCCAGGCCGAGCUGGACGACCCGCUCUUUUGCCAGAACAUCUCGCUCGACAUCCUGCUCUGGGUGGCUGCCCUGCGGCUCAUGCACAACUCGUCGGCGGCCAGCACGCGGCCGUUCAUCAGCCUAGUGCAGGCGCGGCUGGACGACCUGGUGGCCGCCUGCUUCCUGUACGGCUCGCGCCCCGCCGCCCACAAGUGCUCCCGCCUCAUCGUCAUGUGCAUCGAGGCGAGCCGCGGCCCCGCCUUCGGGCGCGCCCUCUGCGACACGCUCGUCAGCCACGUGCCGCGCGCGCCCGACUUCCAGUCGCCGGGCGCGCUCUCCUGGUUCUUCGUGCUGCUGAACCACACGCGCUGCCUGACGCCGCACGCGGCCGCCGGCGCGCUCAUGACGCUCCUGGCGCAGGUGACGCGCCAGCUGGGAGCCCGGGUGGACCCGCUGCACGACCUGCUGAAGACCAGAUACGGCCUGCACGGCACACCGCUGGAGGAGGAGCUGUUCGACGUGGAGCCGCCCGUCUGGAGCGAGGGCCCGGCCGACCCCAACGGCCAGACCGAGCCUGACUUGCGCGACCUGCUCGGAGCGCCGGCCGCCGGCAGAGCGGGCGUGUGGUCGGCGCUGGCCAGCGACGAGCAGCUGCGCGGCCUGAUCGAGGUGGAGCCGCUGCACUACACGUGCCACGCCACCUCCGACUGCACGCGGCUCGAGUGGCAGGCCGGCCCCGGCGCCGCCCGCCUGUUCGGCGCCGGCCAGCAGCUGGCCGGCCAGCGGGACGGCCUUAGCACAGCUAAGCUGGAGGAGGCCAUCGCCGACGUGGAGAAGAAGGCGGCCGAGCUGAAGGCGCUGAUGACGCAGAAGCCGGACCAGGAGAACGGCCACCUGCUCGACAUCCUGCAGCACGUCAGCCAGGAGGUGGCCGGUGCCAAGCGGCUCUCGGAGCAGCUGGAGGACUCGAUGCCGCCGCCGCCGCCGCCCCCAGCGCCGGCCGGACCGCCGCCGCCACCACCGCCGCCUGCCGACCCCGUACAUCAGCUGACGGACCCGAUGCUGUCGGUGCUGCUGUCGCCGUGGCACCACCUGCUGGCACCGCCCGCCCACCACGUUCUCGUCAUCGACCGCAUGCACAGCGGCGCCCGUCGCUUCGUCGUCAUCGACUUCGGCGCGCCGAUCCUGCUGACCGACAUCAUCAUCCCGCCGUGCGCGGAUCUGCUGUCGCUCAGCGUGGACGUGUGGACGGAGCGCGAGGAGGCGGACGGCCAGCGGCUGGUGGUGGCCUCCGACAUCGGUUACCGGCGGCUGGUGAUGACCAGCCUGCAGCCGCCGCCCGUCUGUCGCUACCUCAAGAUCACGACGAUCGGCCGCUACGGCAUGACGACGACGCGCUGUCGCAUCCCGAUGGCCUGGUUCUACGGGCACACCGUGCUGAUGCCGUGGGAAGUGGCCGACCCGGCGCAGAAAGUGCGCGUCAUCCGCCGCGACCAGGCGCAGACGGAGCUGGGCCUGCUGACCACGCUGCACCAAGAGGUGCACUGCCAGUACAGCCUGGCCUGCGAGCGCCUGCGCCGCCUGCUGACCGCGCUGCCGCCGCCGGCCGACACCGCCGACGCGGCCGCUGCCCCGCCGGCCGCCGCCACCGACGACAAGGUGCCCGCCGCCUACCAGCCCUGGUGGGGCGAGCUGGUGGCCGACACCUUCUGUCGGCUCUUCACGCACACCGAGGACCGCGACUUCAGCCGCCAGAGGCUGUUCAUCCUGCUGACGUACCUGGGCCAGCGGACGAUGUCGCGUGGCACGGCGCUGUCGCGUUGCCUGCUGGAGGCGCUGCUGCUGGUCGACCUCACGUUGGUCGAGUGGAUGCUGCUCUACCUGGCGACGCUCAUCGAGGGACUGGUGGAGAACAAGGACGCGGGUGAGCUGCACGGCUACCGGCGCCGCCUGCUCACCCGACUCAAGAACCACAAGCAGAUCGACGAGCUGCUCAACGUCAAGAAGCUCACCAUGGCGAAGCAGAGCCUGGCGAGCAGCAACCUGAUCGGCUUCCUCGUGCACAGCACGCCCAAGUCCGACCUCAUCAAAAAGAAACAAUUCAAAUACGUCAAGCCCGAGCCAGCGCCAACCGUCAGCCGCGACGUCGGCCUGCGCGUGGUGCGCCUGCUGAUGGAGCGCCUGCUGGACCCGCAGCUGCUCGUCUCGCCCGACAUGAUGAUGACCGGCUGCAAGGUGGUGUCGUGGGACGACGACGACGACUCUCCCAGCCCGCCGGCCAACCAGCCGCUCUCGGCCUCGUCCGACAAACUGGAGGUGCACAUGUUCUCGUCGGACGGCGGCGGGCCGCCGUUCUCCUCGUUCUACCCGUUCCCUGGCGCCAUGUCGUCGCAGAACCAGGCGACCGACGCUGCCGGCGAGCUGUACUCGGACGCCUCGCAGGAAGGCGUGUGCCUGCUGCCGCCCAUGGUCGAGUCGGACGACGACGGCGACCCCCUGAUGCUAGACGACUUCGUGAUGGACAUCUUCGACGCGUCGCUGGGCGACAAGAAGCCGCCGCUUCCGUCCGACGCUGUCAAGUGGGGCCUGAUCCCGGCGCCCGGCGGCUCCUGGUGCCUCUCCAACUCGCUCACCGCCUCCGACGCGCGGCUCGAGGUCGGCCUCACCGCCUGGCCCGAACUGCGCCUGCGCAAGAUGGCCGCACUGCACGCCAGCGCCGAGACGCCGCGCCUGCGCGGACAGGACCUGGUCGCCGACGGCCUGGCCGCCAUCGUGGCCAGCAUACAGUACACGGCCACGCCCGAGUGGAUGGAGUCGCUGCUGGAGCUGUGGCUCAGCCUGGACUGCGCGUGCACGGCCGGCUUCCACCGGUCGGUGCCGAUGUUCCUGGCGCACGACUUGGUGCAGGCCACCUCGCCACUGGGCCUGGUGCUCAUCAUGUUUCUCACCCAGUCCGUCAGCGACAUCCACGGCAAGCAGGAGUGCGGCGCCACUGUCUGCCAGUGGUUCGACGCGCUGCUGCUGACGCUGAUGUCGGCGGCGGACGGGGUGCGCGUGCUGUUCCUGGAGCUGCUCUGGAUCGCGGCGCACACGCCCGGCUUCCCGGACCCGGGCGCGCCGCUCGACGCCCACUCGCGCCUGGUGCAGCGCAUGCUGCAGCUCAGCUACCCGGGCUCCGAGCUGGGCAGCAUCGUCGGCCUGGUGCAGGUCAUCGUGUCCUCGGUGCACCGUCACCUGGCGUCCGCGGCGCAGGCGCGCUGCACGCGCGGCCCCGACUCUGCCCAGACGGAGCCGGCCAGCCUCCGCCAGCUGGUGGUGGACAGAGUGCUGGAGAACAACGUGAUCGUGGAGCAGCUGCUGCUGUCGGCGGCUCUGGUGACGGCCGCUCCGCUCGAGGUGCACGAGCGCACCGAGCAGGACGGCGGUGCCGGCGCGCGCGCGGACGGCGCGGCGCUGGCCACGGCGCUGGACGACCUGCUCAGCACCCUGGUCACCCAGUCCUCGGACCGCAAGCUGCUGGCACGCGCCAUCAUCUCGUACCUGGGCUCGCGCUCCGGCGGCCGCCCGCCGCGAAUCUCCCAGCUGCUGCUCAACUUCUUCCUGAAGGUGCUGGCCUCGGACACCGCCGCCGCCUCCAUGAUCCGGUACUGCGGCCUCGAGUGGGUGUUCGAGAACCUGGCGCUCUCCUGCCGGGCGGUGACGUCACCGGCCAGCGGCGUGACGUCACAGAUGAUGCGCCACAUGGGCCAGCGGCAGCGGCGGCCGGCGUCGGCGCUGACGCUGCCGGCGCGCCGCGCGGCCGGCGCCGCCGGCUCGACCGCCACGCACCGGCUGGAGGAUGUGGACGGACUCAUCAACGUGGCACCGCUCAGCACCAUCACGUGCAGCAACCCGAUGGCGCUGCAGCCGGAGGUGCUGGUGCAGCCGACGGCGCCGCACCGGCGCUCGCGCAACCCGGCCUGGUCGCACCACUUCUACGCGCCCGAGGAACGCACGGUGGAGCUGCACGUGCGCCUGCCGUGUGCCGUGCUGCUGCACCAGGUGCACCUGCAGCCGCACGUCAACUCACUCGCCACGUGUCCGUCGGCGGUGACGGUGGAGGUGAGCAGCGGCGGCCCGACCGGGCCCGUCUGCACGUCGGUGCCGACGGCCGGCCUGACGUUCAUCGGCAUCGAGCUGGCGCGGCCGACGGUGGCCACCGAGCUGACGCUGCGGCUCCACCGGCCGGCCGACUCCACCAACCUGGGCCUCUCGCAGCUGCGUCUGCUCGCCUCCACCACCUUCGGGCCGGCGCCGGCCGCGCACGCCGACCCGGGCGCGGCUGAGUGCCACCUGUGGCUGCGCCUGCUGGACGCGCCAGUCCGUCUGCUCUACCAGCUGGCCACCACCAACGACCAGUUCAUGGGCAACAGGGUGUUCGAGCUGCUGACCUGGAUUCGGGAGUCGGCGCUCGGAGCGGACGUGGCCACGUCGCUGGGUCCGCUGCACGCCUCGCUGGUGCACUGCGUCGCGGCCAUCCUGUGGACAGUGGCCCAGCUGAGUCACGACGGCGUCCAUCAGCUGAUCCCCACCGAUCUAGUCACUGUGGUGUACGGCUGGUGCAGCCGCCUGCCGACCGAGUCGCGCCUGAAGCAGUCGCUGGACUGGGUGCUGAAGGACAUGGAGGCGGAGGCGUGCGCGUCGGCGCCCGCCGCCGUCAGCCAGGCGGUCGACUCGGGCCUGCUGCACGCCGUGCUCGUGCAGGCCGUGCAUGACUGCUACUCGGAGAUGGGCGGCCCGGAGGACGGGCCGGACCGGGAGUCGGCCGACCGCGACGAGGGCCUCACCGACAUGCCGGCGCUGCUGGCGCUGCUCAGCGCCGCCUGCUGGGAGCCGCGCGUGCGCGACUGGCUGGCCUCGGACACGGCGUCGGUGUACUGGCUGAGUCUGGUGCGGCUGCUGGCCGCGCAGUCGCCGCCGCACCACCCGCGCUUCUGGGCCGACUCGCCGCUCGUGCUCAAGACAGACUGCACCGUGGCACAAGUGCUGCAGGCGGCGUUCGGCACGGACAGCUCCGGCGGCGCGUCUGCCCCGAAGGAGCAGCAGCAGCAGCUGCAGCGCGGCGACAAGGAGCAGAAGAACCAGGCGAACGCGGCAGCGGUGGCCGACGCCGACGGCCCGCCCGGCACAGGCUCCUACAAGGCCAAGCAGGAGAAGAAGUACGGCAAGAGGAGUCGACGCACCGCAGGAGACUUCCUGCCGGAGGUGGCGCCGGCGCCGGCCGAGGCGCGGUACGAGCUGGUGGAUCCGCAGCUGUCGGACCAGCCGCUGCCGCCGGCCGCCACCCUCAGCCAGCUGCUGACGGUGCGCGCCGAGCGGCUGCCGUCGGACGCUGCGCCGCCCUCGCUCUCGCUCACCGUGCGCCAGAAGGGCGCCUCAGGGUGGUCGGGCUCGCCGAGCCGCGAGGAGGGCGACCUGUCGACGGCGCUGCUCGGCGCCGCCGCCUUCCCGUCCGUGCUGUCCGUGUUCGCCGAGGAGGGCGGCCUGGCGCUGCUGGCGCGCACGCUGCCGCUGCUGUUCCCGGAGGGUGGCGCGCCGCCGCCGCCGGCCGUCAGCGGGCGUACGGACCGGCCGCCGCCGGCCGACCUCAACGACGCCGAGUGGGUCAAGGUGGACCAGACCGAGGAGGACGAGUACGUGAGCGGCCUGAUGCCGCUGGCCGGCGGCGGCGGCGGCGGCACGGCCGGCUCGCAGCUGGGCGCCGGCGGCACUGGCAACGGCGGCGGCGGCGUGGCGCCCGUCAUGUCGCCGCACAGUCUGGCCUGCUUCGGACUCUUCCUCAGGCUGCCGGGCUACGCCGAGCUGCUGCUGCAGGACCAGGUGUGGGCGCGCUACCUGCUGCGGCUGGCGCUCGGCGUCACCGACGACGGAGACGGCAACGAGAUCCUGCGGCACGGCCAGUCCAGCGAGCUGCCGCUGUACCCGUUCCAGCUGAUGCAGCGGCUGCUGGACGCCACCCAGCUGACCACGGACGACGGCCAGCUGCUGCGACGGCGCUGUCUCGAGAUCGGCGCCGUCAACUUCCUGCUGGCCUGCACGGCCGUGCUGAGUCACUACCUGAUCCUGGCCACCACGCGCAACCAGCUGCUGUCCGAGUCGCAGUCGCAGCGCACUGGCGAGGAGCGCUCACACCAGUACUGGGCCAAGGGCACCGGCUUCGGCACCGGCAGCACCUCGCAGAAGUGGAACGUCGAGCAGGCCAUGCUCAAGCAGAAGUCGGAGGAGGAGCACGUCACCUGGCUAAUACAGCCUACCCUGUAUGCGUCGUUCGGCGAGGCGCUGUAUCGCGGUUCGCCGUGGUGGAUGCUGUGCGGCGGUGUCCGCGGUCCGCGUGCGGCGUCGCUCGCGGCGCGCCGCCGCUGCCUCACGACGCGCGGCGACCCCGUCCACAGACGCUGGCCUAGCUACAUCAACCCGGGCGACGCGGCUGUCAGCGGCGGCGGCGCCGGCGCCUCCUCCGGCCCGGAGGGCGAGCAGGCAGACCUGCUGCCCGAGGGCCUGGCCGAGCGCAUCCGCGAGUCCAACAUCCUCACGGCCGUGUGCUCGUACCUGCGGAACGACUCGGUGCUGGACAUGGCGCGCCACGUGCCGCUGUACGGGGCCGUGCUGCGCCUGCUGCGCGCCUUCACCGCCAGCCGCCAGCUGGCGCCCUUGCUCGCUCAGGUGGCGCCGCUGCUGGCCAACAUGCGCCAGGUGGUGGACACCUACACCUCGCACCUGCACUCCAGCAAGUCGCGCAAGUCGGACAAGCCGGCCAAGUCGGGCUGGCCGAAGGAGGACGAGGACGGCGGCCUGGCGCGGCUGCUGGCCACGAUCCAGGACACGUCGCGGCUGGUGGAGUCGGCCGCGGCGGCGCCCGGACCGGCCGCGGCGCUGACGGACGGCGCCGAGCCGGCGGCCGCCGCGCCCGGCGCCGCCCGCUCGCUGCAGCACGUCUACCUCGAGACCAUGAAGGAGCUCCAGUUCGACACGCACGAGAUGAUCGUGGAGAACCCGAACGGUGGCACGCGUUUCGUGGUGGCGCAUCACUUCGAGUCGACGAUGCGCGCCGCCGGCGAGCGCUCCCACCCGGCCAGGAUGAAGCGGCUGGCGCAGGAGACGGUGACGCUGUCCACCAGCCUGCCGCUGAGCUUCAAUAGCUCGGUGUUCGUGCGGGUCGACCUGGGCCGGCUGGAUCUGAUGAAGGUGCUCAUCACGGCGCCCGCCGACACGCCCUACUCCAACGGCUGCUUCCUCUUCGACGUCUACUUCCCGUACGACUACCCCAACGCGCCCAUGCUCAUCAACCUGGACACGACCGGCCGCAACACUGUCCGGUUCAACCCCAACCUCUACAACGACGGCAAGGUGUGCUUGUCGGUGCUGAACACCUGGCACGGUCGGCCCGAGGAGAAGUGGAGCCCACAGACCUCCAGCUUCCUCCAGGUGCUGGUGUCGAUCCAGUCGCUGAUCCUCGUGUCGGAGCCGUACUUCAACGAGCCGGGCUACGAGCGCUCGCGCGGCACGCCCAGUGGCACACAGAGCAGCCGCGAGUACGACGCCAACAUACGACAGGCCACCGUGCGCUGGGCCAUGCUCGAGCAGAUCCGCAAACCCUGCCCCUGCUUCAAGGAGGUGAUCGAGAAACACUUCUACCUGAAGCGGCGCGAGAUUCUGGACCAGAUCCAGGGCUGGAUCACCGAGAUGGAAGGCUACGCGUCCGACCGACGCGCCUCCAAGACGCUGCACGUCUCCCUGCAGGCCCUCAAGACGCACUACACGGCCCUGCAAGAGGAGCUGAAGAAGCUGCGGCCGCCGGCCGGCCUGGAGGGCGUGCUGGAGCCGGACGUCGCCCCUCCGCCGGCGGCGGCCGCGGCGGCCGGCGCGGCGCCACACGAGAAGCCCACCGUCGGCCUGUCGCCCAGCGCGCGGCCCGCCGCCGGCCUUAACGCUAUCCACGACCUGGCCGAGGCUGGCGCCGCGGGCGUCAUCGAGAAGGUCAAGUGUGCGGCGUCGGCGGCGGCUGCAGCCGCGGCCGCAGCAGCGGCCGAGGGCGGGGUGGCGGCGGCGGCGGCGGCACCGCUGCAAACCAACGGCGAGGAGCCGCCGGCCGAGCCGUGAGCGGCCCGCCCGCCGCCUCAGGGAACACGGUGGCCGCUGGGCGCGCGAGUGAGCGAGUGAGUGACGGCCGGAGCUGUGACGGGCUCAGCCACGCACCCGCACUGCGUGCGCGUGCACCGGCCGACGCCGGCCGACCGGCGGCGAGGACAGGCGCGCCGCCCGGAUGGCGCGGCACCGACCGCCCUCGUGAGCUGAGGUCUUACUGAUUGUGAGAGACGAUCGAUUGGCUUGGCUUGAUUUUAAUGAAUACAGAUGUUCGCAAAUACGCCGCCGCGGUGUCCGACGGCGGAGCAAGGUUUGCGACGCCGGGUCAGAGCGAGUCACCGCCGGGUCGGAACGGACGGCGGGCGCCGAGUGCCGCGCGGCACGGCGAUAACACGAGUCAGCGUCUGGCACCGAGCGCAGUCGGCGGCAGGCCCGCAUCCAGCUGCCCGGAAUCAGACGACACGUCGCGGAUGUGCGAUACGGGGGCCGCGGCGCCAGUGCUGCCGACGGUGGGCGCCGACAAACCGGAGAGAUUAGGAACGUUGCGGGGUCACACUCUUGGACAAUCAACACGCUUUGAACUUCGGGGCUGGCUGCAUACGUCACGUAUCCAAGUUGUCUGUUGAAACCUUCACGAGUAUUGUUUCGGAACCGUCUCCCGACGGCUGCUUGACUACUAACAACCACGAGCGCCUAUAGUUCACGCGGCGCAUCCGAUCACGCGCUUCACGGACGCCCGAUCUGCACUCCGCACUCCACAGUGCCAUUCUCAGCCGGCGCGGACGCCGAGCGGCGGCCGUCCCGCAGCCGCCUCUUCCCUUCGGUCUGGCUGACGGUCGCUGCUCCGGCCUACUCGGCGUCGUUCAUGGGCGAGAGCGGCUCCUCGGUGGUCUGCGGGCUCGAGGACUCCGGCACGGGCGUGUGGCCGUCGCCGCUGGUGGGUCGGCUGCCGGACGCGGCCGGCGCGCCGUCCAGCGACGUCUCCACGAUGG